CUUGGGUGUCUUAGCCAUGACAGGUGAGGACUCCAUUAGCACCUUGGGCCUGAUCCUUGGCGUGGGGCUCUCACUGCUGCUUGUAUCCAUCCUGGGCUACAGCCUGGCCAAGUGGUACCAGCGCGGAUACUGCUGGGAUGGACCCAGUUUUGUUUUCAACUUGUACCAAAUCCGGAACCUGAAGGAGGUGGAGACAGGUCCACCUUUCACCAUCAGUGGCCAGAUUAGCAGUCCGGAUGGCAGCUAUAUGAGAUUCUCCGACAGACUAGUCUGAUGAGCCUUGGAGAGGAGGAGGCUCCUGGCUCAGCACUGGCCUCUUUCCAGGUUCCUGGAAAUGCCUUUCCCUCCCUGGGUUUUUAAGACCUUGCCUGGCCUGUUUGUGACAAUGAGGAAUCUUUUCUGGGUAUAACACCUAUCUGUGGCACGAGAAUCGCCAGGGGCAGCUAUGACUUUCUCACAGAAAUACAAAAUGUCGUCAUUCUCAGGAGGCCCCAGGGCCUGUGGGAAGUGUUCUAGGCAUCCUGGAGGGCAAGGUCCUGCCCAGUUUCAGACCUGUAUGGGCAGGAACUGGACACUUCAGAGGGAGCUCCUCACUUGGUGUCUCUGGUCCCUUCCCCUUGCAACGCCGACACCAGGGCCCGGAAAACCAGUCAUUUCUUAAAUUGGCAAAGUCAUGUAGAAUGGAGGUGAUUCCAGAUACUGUUUUCUGACCUUCCUAUUGGAAAGUGACUUCCCCUAAGUGCUAAAGACUGAGUGUGGGCCUUUCCUCUGUCCAGCCUUCCUUUGUACUUAGUUCUAGCACUUCGAACCCAUCCUGCUCCCUAACCCACACUCUUAUCCACACCUGGCUCUAUCCAGCCUUACUAGCUCCUAAACAAUUUUGAGGGCAGUGCUGAGAAAAGUACUCUCUUUUCCUAAGCUCCUAUGAUGCAGUGGGCUUGUGGGAACAGGGGGGCGGGGGGCUCUAUCUCCCCGUGUUCUGCAUUUUCAGUGCAAGACCUGGCCUGUGAUGGGGAAGGUGGACCAGAAAUGGUGUGAAUAGGGAGAGAAACCCAGAUAGGCUGAAAAAAACAGACAACACACAAGGGAAAUCAAGAAUCCAGCCUAGCUUGGUGGACAGCACAGCAAAUUGCCCUGUGAGUCAUCACAUCUUCCUCUGGUUUGUGCCCUAGUGGACCUGAGGUGGAACCUGCCCUGGGAUGUCAACUUAGUGGGCACUUAAUGUAGAGUUGUUCAAUCCAGAGAGACUGGGUUCCUGGGUAAAGCAGAACCUGAGAGGGCCAGUUAGAACUACCAGCCACUGGUCUCUCCGCCCAUGUCCCAGCACCAAGGCCAGCAGGAGCCCAGAACAGCGACAGAGGAGGAGAGGAGUCAUAUUAUUUGUCUUCCUACUGACUCUUCCCUGAGGCCUGGUGUCCUUACCUGGUGUUCUAGCAGGUUGUAGUGGAGGGAAGGAAGAGAGGGGCUUACCAGCUCUUACUCCCUCGAUUCCUGCGAGGAUCUGGAGGCCAGUCUCCCAGUGUGGCCAGUUUUCAAAUGAAUAAACUGAAUUUCUGGAUUUAGAGGUCCUUGUCUGGAUCCCAAUUCUUCUGGCCUUGAGUAGAUGGGGGGGGGCGAGCCCCCAAUAGCUCUGGAUCCUUUGCUUCAUUGAAGGCCUCUUGAGGAAGCUGUAGCAGGGAGAUGAGCUGCCUUUGGCAUCCCUUUAUGGAUUUCAGUUCUGAGGGCUGGGCCCCAUUCCUUAACCUUGGGGUGUCCAGACUCAAUAAAACCGUAUAUCUUGCUUAGCACAGCUCUGGUUCUGCAACCCGUCAGUCAGUGGGGUGGGACCAGGGGGUGAGGGGCCUCUGGAAGUGCUCAGCACUCAGUGGCUUUGGGAAAACUUAAAAGAGGAUGGGGCCAAGGGCCCAAGUAGUCCUGGCCCCAGGUUUGGUAGCUUCAGGUAAGGACACAGGGACAGCUGCUGAGGGCAGGGAGAAUGGAGGGUAUUUCCCAUCCUUGGGAGAGGAACUGAGACUGGGCUACUUCCUCUUUUAGAGCUCCCUGGUGUGCUCCCUGCUCCUCUCCCCUCCUCCCCCUUUACUGACUUCCGCAGUCCCACUGGCUAAUAUGACGUGAAUUUCUUCACCCUUGGUUGCAGACCCCACCCUUGGUCUCUGUUUCUGUCCAGGGUCCUCAAUUGGCAGAGUCCAGCUUGCUCAGAAAAGAUUAGGGAGCAAAUGCCUAGAAAUCUGGCUCCAGGGCUGGCUGAGCUGGGUGCCCAAGGCACCCAGACCCAUGGCUAUUCCAGCGCCCCUCCAGGACUUCCCUCUCUUUCACUUACCCAUCCUGUAUGCCACUGGCCCCCAAAGCCAGGAGGCAGCAGGAGGUCCAGCAGUUUUGGGAGCUGGCCACCUUUUGUUUUUUGCUGCCUUUGCCAGGGCUGUCCUCUUUCCUAGCUGGAAAGCCUUCUCCCUGCCCCUUCUAGUCACAUUUAGUCUUUAUGAAUGGCUCAAGGUCCAUCUUUCCUGUGGCUUACCAUGGGACUCCAGACUGGACGCUAACCAUCUUGAUCCCAGUUGUUGAUGGUUUUGUUCUCUCCAUUACUGCUAUUCCCCAACCAGGCUGAGACUUUUACAGGUAGGAUUCUGUCCCAUAAGUUCUUAGCCACUGCUAAAAGUGAAGCACAGAGGAAGUGCUAGCUAAAUGCCUGCUGAGCAGAGUAGAAACACCCAGUGUGGCCACAGAAGCCAGCUUUGUCUUAGAGAAAGAUGCUCAAGUGACUGGAGAAGGAGCAGAACCUGCUGGCACAGAAUACAAGGCAUCUCCUGCACAGCACAGCAUCCUGAACCUUGUGGAAACCUGUGACAUGGGGAUUAUUAUUGGCCCCAUUUUACAUAUGUGGAGACUGAGAUUCAGAGAGGUGGCAUGCUUUGCUCAAGAAUGCACAGCCACUGAGUAGUCAGUACCCACAGAUGCAGCCUGACCUCAAGGCUCAGGGCUAUGAAUAGAGGCUGGCUAACCCUGCCCUGCCAUGCUCUGUGGCCACGGCUACUCACUUCACCACUCUUGGCUUAAAUUUCAACAUCUGUAAAUCAAGAGGUUAAACUAUUUCUCUGGGGUUCCUUGGUGUUCUUAUCUAUAGGAGAAAAAAGGACUUAUCUGUUAAAAAAAAAAAAACAAACUCUGUAUUCUCAGUGUUUAGUAUAGAACCUGAAACAUAGUAGGCAUCCAAUAAACAAACCUUGUAAAUAAAAGUGUACUUAUAGCUUUCUAACUUAGGAAGGGGGCAAUUGAAAAGUGAACACUGCAGUUCCUUCAGACCCUGAUGGUCUAGGAUUCUGAGUGUUACUCAACCUUUCUUUGACCUUGGAUUUGGCUACCCUGAACCCAAGACUGGAUCAUUCCCAACCAAACCCUUCUUUAUCAGGAAGGCAAAACUAACCUUUGCUGAGCAUAUAUUAGUGUAGAGUAGGGAGCCCACAGGCACCUUCUCACUCUAGACUCACAGGUAAGGGGACAAAGGCUCAGGGUCUGGUGAAAUAGUUUGCUUAAGGCUGGGUAAGAAUGUAUUUUCGUUGUCAUUCUUUGGCAUCCACUCCUAGCCUCUGUCCACACUAGCAAUCUCCCUGAGCUCCUAGACCCCCUAAGGAAGCAGGUUUCUCCCUCUGGUUUCUAAUCUCUUUUUCUGGGAUCCUUGGACAGUAAGAAAGACUUCUAAGAAGCCUGGGCUCCUCAGACCCCAUCCUUUGCUCUGAGUUUCUCAAUGGCCCAUUUCUCCUUCUUCCUCUUAAUUUUUAUACCCCCUUUGAUUGUCAAAUCAUCAAAUUCUGUCCAUUUUUUCAUGCAACACAGAUUUUACUUCUCAGGAAACUUUCUUGAAAACCUACAGAUCUUGUCUCCUGACUUUUAAUUGGAAAUAUUCUCUGCCUCCCAUAACUUAAUUAUUGAUUAUUUCCUUGUAUUCAUUUAUGAAUGCAGCCUCUAAAAUGUGCCCGGCAUGGCGGGGGGCUCCAAUCUCUUUUGAG